GGAGGACAUCACACCCUCUCAUCCGCACUUAAGGAUAUUUUUGCAUCUCCUCUGCCCUCCAUCUGUAAGUCCGGCUUUAUUUUUCUUCUCCUUCUCCUCCCUCCUCUUGUCUUGGGUAUGAUGAGCUCCAGCCUGUUGGAAAACCCGGUGCAGGCGAUUCUGUACCUGCGGGAGCUUACCACCAUCGUACAGAACCAGCAAAGUCUCAUCCAGACACAGCGCGCCCGGAUAGAGGAGCUGGACCGGCGGGUGGACGAGCUCAUUGGCGAGAACAGGCACCUGCGGGACGUUAGGGUACAACAGCAGCAUCCAUACCACCACCACCUUCACCACCAUCAUCACCCCGACCCCAGCUGCCUUCACCAUCACCACAACCAGGAGCACCAGCUCAAGACAAGUACGGGGCCAGAUAAUGUCUCUCCACAAGCCGUCGAGGCGGCUCCAGGGGUCCAUCCGUCGCCUCCCCAACCGAUGGACCCCGGGGACAUGCAGUUGGUGCCGGCCGACCCAUCCUUGGUUUCUCCGGUUGAAAGUGACCCAGAAAACGGCGGAAGUUGUCCCAGCUGCCGCUCCUUGGUUCCGAUGACCCCGACAACCCUUUGUCGGUCUUUGGCCCUGGCAAGGAAAUCUGAGAGUGAGACAGUGCUGCAUCAGUUUUGUUGCCCCGCCCCUGAGCAUCCAGAGGCUGACACUACUGGCUCAUCAGGUGGACAGAUGCUGAGCCUGGAGGAUGGAACGUCUUCUUGUGGACAAGAAGUUGAGGGGACCAAGAGGGAGGGACCGAGCGAGUAUGAGAUAAGCCUGGAAAAUAAAAACAAACAGAUAGAAGAGUUGGAACAGAAGUAUGGAGGUCAUCUCAUAGCGAGGCGUGCAGCCCGUCGCAUCCAGACAGCUUUCCGUCAGUACCAGCUCAGCAAAAACUUCCAGAAGAUCCGAAACUCUCUGUCAGAGAGCAAGCUGCCACGUCGGAUUUCUUUGCGUCAUCCCAGCCCGUCAGGCCGAAACCGGAACUCAACUCAGAGACACAGUUACAGUCUGCAUCCCGGAGGAGGGCAGAUACCGCUCCGGUCAAAAACUCCCCCUCCACCUCCAUGUCGCUCCACCUCUCUGCCUCCGUCUCCUGCCUCGGCUCCAUCUGCUGCUCCUUCUACUGCCCCAGCUCCUCCUCCGCCUCAAACCCCAGGACCCACACUCACACAGCUAGAGGACUGCUUCUCAGAACAACUUCAUUCGCUGGCUCAGUCAAUUGAUGACGCCCUCCGUGGUUGGAGCUUAUCAGAAGGUGGAGAGGGGAAGGGGCUACUGAUGGACCCUGGGGCCCUUCGUGCAGCAGCUGAGAGUGCUUGUCUGCCCCGUAGCGCCAGUUCACUGCUAAUGGCCUUCAGAGACGUCACGGUUCAUAUCGAUAGCAAUAGCUCCUACACCAUCUCGUCUGCUACCACCACUACCACCACCUCUCUGGGAAACGCGGGCAGCAGGAAGACUUCUGUGAGUGGGGGCCCUGGGGGAGGAGAUGGCCAAUCUGCAGAGGAGCCAGAGUUCCCUGCACCUCCUCCGAGCGAGGAGUUGGAAAUGGCUGAUCCAGGAUCUAGGAGGGGUUCAGCGGUGCCAGCUCCAGGAGGAGGAGGGGUGGAGAUUGAGGGCGGCUUAGACAGUCUGGGAUCCACCUCCACUUCUACCUCUACCUCCACUUCGAUCUCCACCUCAGCUCAAUCUAACCAGCAGCCCGCCCAGAUUUACACCCAGUACCAGCAGUACCACUAUACACAUCCUCAGCAGAUGCCUGGGGGGCCAAGUCCUGAGGCCCUGCAGGCUCUGGUUGUCUCUCUGCCCAGGGAUCGCUGCCAGGAUCCGGCCUCCUGCCGCUCGCCAACCUUAUCCACAGACACACACCGCAAACGCCUCUACCGAAUCGGACUAAACCUCUUCAAUGUGAAUCCAGAGAGAGGCAUCCACUUCCUGAUUACCCGUGGCUUCGUCCCGGACACGGCCAUUGGAGUAGCUCACUUCCUUUUGCAGAGGAAGGGCCUGAGCAGACAGAUGAUUGGAGAAUUUCUGGGAAACAGCAAGCUUCAAUUCAACAGAGACGUCCUGGACUGCGUUGUGGAUGAGAUGGAUUUUUCGGGCAUGGAGCUCGACGAAGCCCUGAGAAAGUUCCAGGCUCAUGUUCGUGUUCAGGGAGAAGCACAAAAAGUGGAGAGACUCAUCGAAGCCUUUAGCCAGAGGUACUGUAUGUGUAAUCCUGAUGUGGUGCAGCAGUUUCAUAACCCAGACACUAUCUUCAUCCUGGCCUUCGCUGUGGUCCUGCUCAACACUGACAUGUACUCACCCAACAUCAAACCCCAACGCAAAAUGGGCCUCGAUGACUUCAUACGCAACCUGAGAGGUGUGGAUGACGGAGCAGACAUCCCCAGGGAGAUGGUGGCAGGUAUUUAUGAAAGGAUUCAGCAGAGAGAGCUCCGCUCCAAUGAAGACCACGUCACCUAUGUGAGCCGUGUGGAGCAGUCCAUCCUGGGUCUGAAAACUAUACUGGCUGUUCCCCACAGACGUCUCGUGUGCUGCUGUCGCCUGUUUGAGGUGCCUGACGCCAACAAGCCACAUAAACAGAAACUGUCUCAGCUCCAGAGAGAGGUCUUCCUGUUCAAUGACCUGCUGCUGAUCCUGAAGCUGUGUCCCAAGAAGAAAAGUUCAGCAUCUUACACAUUCUGUAAAGCUAUGGGUCUUCUGGGAAUGCAGUUCCACCUCUUCAGCAACGAAUACUACGCUCAUGGCAUCACCAUGCUGAGUCCAUUUACCUCCGAAAAGAAGCAGCUGGUGAGUUUCUGCUCCCCGAGUGGAGAAGAACUCAGGAAGUUUGCAGAGGAGCUUAGAGAGGCUAUCGCAGAAGUAAAUGAGAUGGAGCAGAUACACAUCCAAUGGGAAUUGGAGAGGCAGCAAGGCAUCCAGCAUGGCAUACACACCAAUGGUGGACAAGUGGACACACACACAGGACACGGCUCCCCCUCAGGUCCGCAGGAUGUGUAUGAUAAAACUGGCAACAACAAUACAGUAGAGGUGUCAAUUCACAACAGGCUGCAGACCUAUCAGCUGAGCCAGCCCAGCAUUGAGUCCGCACCCCUGGCUCUGACUGCACCACCUGCCCUGCUCAGCCCUGUCCAGCCUGGAGAGCUCCGCCCAGAAACACUCAUCCAGUGCCAACAGAUCGUCAAGGUGAUUGUUGUAGACCAGAGCGGACGAGGGCGGAUGGAAGCCUUCCUCAGCCAAGGUCCGGCCACCCACCAGCUCAUCCAGUCAGCCAUGUCCACGCCAGUCCGCGUCAGAGAGGGGGACGGCCCUCAGCCUCCUCUGCCACCCCCUCCUCCCCCUUACAACCACCCCCACCAGUUCUGCCCCCCUGACUCACCCAUGCCCCUCCACCAUACCAUGCCUCUCACCCGUAGACGCAACUCCAGCGGCUCCCGCAGCAUUGUCUGAAACUCAGUUUCUCUGUGGACCCUGGGGGCCAGACAUGAUCCUUGCCCAGACAAACACACAUGCUGGAGCACUCGCUGACUUACUUAUUAACAAACGGUAAGAAAAAAAGCAUAGCAAAAAACAGGAAGAAAAUACUGAAUGAAGAGACAAAGGAAACCAAUGAGAAUCUAUUCAUCGUCUUUAAACUGUGAUGUUGUUUUUGAACAUUGAAUAAUUUUGAUGCCAUUUCCAAAAGAAAGCUUUUCUUCCUUCUUUUGUCUUCAACCAUACAUGUCACCCAGGAACUGAUGAUCUUGUCUGUCUAAAUUUCACACUCAGUAAGAAAUUUUGUGACCCUGCAUUUUUAAAUAUCACCUCUUCAUCAAACGUGUCUGUGAGCUUUGUCACCGAAACCUAGGGGCGAUGUCAGAAAAUCAGACUGUGGCUGCCUUGAGAGGACACUGAAAAGAUUUAAAUGUGAAGAACAAAACAUGAAAAGAUUUAAAUGUGAAGAACAAAACAGUCUUUAGAUUUGUUUUCCUUGCAGGCUGCUCUGGGUUUGUAGUAUAAGAUGCUACACUCAGUAUGGGAUAAUUUCCACACAGCUAAUAGAGCCUUCCCCACGCUGUAAUUAUUUUUUCUUAUCUCUGCAUAAUGUGGCGAAGCAAAAAUACUAGCUUAUUUCAGUUAUUUUCUGUGAAAUUCAUUUUCCAAGACGAGGAAGAGGGGUGAAAAAGGUAAACGAUGCUGGUUUUUGUGUCUGAAGCUCGAGCAUCUCUACCCUGUCAUGUACAGUGAAGUGUAGUAAGCAAGAAUGUUGCUUCUAUCUAACAAAUCUGAAACCAUAUCCUAAAGACAAUCAUAUUUACGUGCAUCUUUUGCUGCUGCUGUGUGUGUUUUGCGAAACUUGUACGAGCAGAUAUCUUCACAAUGGUGUGUGACUGUGAAUCUUUGGUGUUUUUUUGCUCUCACAGAGCUCAGGAAAGGAUCUGCCUCACUGUAAUAUGUAAUAUCUGCACCUCGGAGUUGUACUGAGAGCAGUGUGCUUGUGAACUGUGUGCUCAGUCUGCUUACUCAUGGGAAGCAGUGAGUAGGGCUGGUAAUUCAUCAAAGACAAGGCUAAAACAGGCAGAUGAAGCCUUUCCGUUGUACAUUUACUCCUAAUGUUGAGUGUAUAUUGUUGUUUCCUUGGAUUUAGGCAAUAUCUCUGCCCUAGCUUUAGUAAAAAAAAGGAAAAAGAAAAAUUGCUUCACACAGGGUAGACCAAGGUCACCUUAACACACAUCAUUUCCCUGUCAUAUAGUAUUUUUUCCUUGCACACGGAUAUAUGAUAUAAUAUAAGCAGAGAUGCAUUCCUUUACUGAAUGUUAAAUCAGGGGGAAACUGAAGAUGUCCAUGGAAUACUCAAUGACUUUAUCACCGUGUCGUUUGUCCAGUCUUGAUGGUUUAAGCUUGUUUGUACAGCAGAUCACAAAUCAUCCAACUGCGACACACUGAACACGUCUUGUAUCUUUUGCAUCACAGAAUAUAUUGGAUAUACUGUAAAUAGAUAAUAUAGAUUUAUUCUGCAAAAGUGAUUGGUUUGCCCAGUGUGUGUAUCUACGUAUUUGUACAGAGAAGAUCUAGUUUAAAAGAAAAAAAGGAUAUAGUUAUUAUAGUUAUUAUUAUUCACAUUAAAAUCAGGGGGUGUCCUAAAUCCUACUGCUAUGAAAGACAGGAAACAGGCAGCUUUUAUAGAAUACACUGCAGUUACCAUGGUAACACACACUGAUAUUAUUACAGAUCUACAUUAAUCAUUAAAUUACCAUGUCAUAUUAUUAUGGGAUUAUCAAAAGAUGGUGGUGUCACCUGUUAGGGUGUGUAAAGGGCUAUGCUGUAUUGGUGAAUACGUACAGUUCACACACACAAAUACACAAUACAUAUCUAAGUGCACACAUACCCCACACAAACAAUACUGUACGUAAACGCACACCAACUCCUGCAGACAUGCACAUAGCUGCCAAAGCGACAACAAAUCCAGCUUAGAUUCAUCUAAGAAACUGCUUGAUUUCUCAAGUCAGCAACCCUACUUUGUUUACUGUAAACUGACUGACUUGUACUAUACAGCAUGAUACUCAUUUUGUUUUGUUUUUUUUCAUUUGCAGUACUAUAGGAGGAGUUUGAUUAUUUGUAUCAUUAUUGUCAGGGCAUGUUGGGUUGAUUGAUGUCAUUUUCCUUCCUCCUUUUUUUUGCCCUCCCCCCCUUACCCUCUCCGUGGUUGUCAUGGAGACGCACCAAUCUGCAUCCUCACUGUGGAGCACUGUCAUUAAUCUUUGCACCCUCACAAUAUUUCUAAAGGAGAUUUCUAAAGAUCAACAUGUUUACUAAUGGAAUAUUUCUAACUUUUUUUGUUCGAAGAGAAUGAAAGAAUAAAGUAGUUUUUACUCUGACUC